GCCGCCGCGGGGAGGGCGUCGGCGUUUGCUCGGCGGGGCGGGCGCCGCCGGCAGUGCCGCUCGGCGCGCAGCUUCGGGGUGGUUUCGGGUCGCUUAGGCCUCAGGCAGCAGCUCCCGGGGCUCCCCCGGCGGCGGGCCCGGCCCUGCCCGGCCGGGCCUCCGGGGCGAUGGGUCGCGCUCAACCGAGUUGGCAUGUGGGCGUUGGAUUGUGUCAUUCGUAGGAGGUGAACGUCAAAGGAAGUGGGAUCAACUGUUGGAGGAGAUUUGUAAUCCAGGUUUGAAUGCCCAGAACUGUUUUUCCGAAGGAAAGUUGCCCUAGGCAGGUGCUAUUUGUCAGCUGAUUUGGGCCUUCGGCAGUUAUUAGCUCUGAGCAAGCUUCUUCAGUGUGGAAAGACACCGCAGAACCGGGAGAGAAGAUGCCAGCUUUUCCAGUAUAUGGACACGGAAAGGACAGGAAUAAAAGCAUCUGUGGCUGUUCUCACAGGGGAAAAAAAUGUCAUCUGGCAUGAGGUCAGGAUGGGCUCAGAAACAGUCCCAGUGCACAGGACAGCGCUUCUAAGCAGAGCUCUCUGUGGCAGGAAUAAACAGCAAUGAGUGAGCCCUUCAGGAGUGGCAGAGUAUGUCUGCCUGGAGAUCUGUGCAUUUCGGCGGUUUUGUCAUCCGUGAUGGCGUCAGCCCUACCCAGAACCCUUGGGGAAUUGCAGCUGUAUCGAAUACUGCAAAAAGCAAAUCUCUUAUUCUACUUUGAUGCCUUCAUUCAGCAGGGUGGUGAUGAUGUGCAGCAGCUCUGUGAAGCAGGUGAAGAGGAGUUUUUGGAGAUAAUGGCUCUUGUAGGCAUGGCUAGCAAGCCGCUUCAUGUCCGAAGGCUGCAGAAGGCUUUGAGGGACUGGGUCACGAACCCUGGUCUUUUUAACCAGCCUCUCACUUCCUUACCUGUCAGUAGCAUUCCAAUAUAUAAACUGCCAGAGGGGUCUCCUGCUUGGCUGGGGAUAUCCUGCAGUAGUUAUGAAAGGAACAGUAGUACCCGAGAGCCUCACCUGAAGAUUCCAAAAUGUGCUGCCACUACCUGUGUGCAAAGCGUGGGUGCAAGCAAAUCUGAUGUGGUGGGGAGCUUAUCACUGCAGAGCAGCAAUGAACCAAGACUCUGGCAAGGACAUCACACUACAGAGAGUGAACACAGUCUUUCCCCAGCUGACCUUGGCUCUCCAGCUUCACCAAAGGAAAACAGUGAGACCCUGGAUGCCGCUGCUGCUCUGUCGGUUGCUGAAUGUGUGGAACGUAUGGUUCCCUCCCUGCCCAAAAGUGACUUGAAUGAAGUCAAGGAAUUACUGAAAACAAAUAAGAAACUGGCAAAGAUGAUUGGUCACAUCUUUGAGAUGAGUGAUGAGGACCCUCACAAAGAGGAGGAGAUCAGGAAGUACAGUGCAAUAUAUGGCAGAUUUGACUCGAAAAGAAAGGAUGGCAAGCAUCUCACCCUCCAUGAGCUCACAGUUAAUGAAGCAGCCGCUCAGCUGUGUGUAAAAGAUAAUGCAUUGUUGACCAGGCGGGAUGAACUCUUCGCACUAGCUCGGCAGAUCUCUCGAGAAGUUACAUACAAGUAUACUUACAGGACCACCAAAUCUAAAUGCGGAGAAAGGGAUGAACUGUCACCAAAGAGAAUUAAGCUAGAGGAUGGUUAUCCUGACUUCCAGGACACAGUCCAAACACUCUAUCAGCAAGACAAAAUGCCUCUUGCUUUGGCUAAAGGAAAGAGUGAAGACUCAGCAGCUCUUAAUUCCCAGUCUGAAAAGGUGAUGGCAAAACAGAUGGAAUUUCUUUGCAACCAGGCUGGAUUAGAGAGACGUCUUUCCACAGGGUGUUACAGGCAAAAUUCAGAAGAGCACAGCCCCAAUGGCAUGGCACUAGAUAAUGCUGAUGGACAAGGUGAGAGACCGUUGAAUCUCCGUAUGUCAAAUCUGCCGAGUAGACAGUUGCAACACAUUUCCCUUGAUGGAGAACAGCAUGUUGGAAAGCCCCUGUGCAGUGACUUGAUCCGACUUUACCCCAGUGGUGAGGCAAAGUCUCAGUCUUCGGAAGGCCUUGGUAUUUUAAAGGAUUUUCCUCACUCGGCUUUUAACAACAUGGAAAGGAAGGUCAUAAAAACAGAACCUGAAGACACAAGAUAGUCAUCCUGCUCUGGAUAAUGGUAUCAUAAUAAAGAAUGAAACUUCAGAAGAGGAAGAAAAAAAACCCAGCCUUAAUAACCAGUGUUGCCUCAUUCAAAUAAGAGAUUUCAAUAGCCAAAGCCUAAGAACUGGUACAGUAGUCUGUGGAAACAGAAAAGCAAGAGACACUGCAAACUAAAACAGUAAUACAGGUAGAUAAACAUUCCUGUAAAAGUGGUUUUAUAACGUGGAAAGAUUCACAAAUUAAUAUUGUGGAUCUUCAUUAUUUAAGAAUGUAUUAUGUAUUUGUAUAACUUAUCAAAGUAAAUCUAGAUGUCGGGACGUGUAUUGAGUCCAGUAGAUGUGGCUACAGUUCAUUUUACUUGAAAUUUCAGUGUCUACUUUAAAUGUACCUAGCGUAGAUAUGGUUGUUACACAUUUGAAUUCAAAUCCUUGGAGAACUAGGAGUGCGAACCUUGUGACACAACAGCAAGUUUGCAACAAUAUUUGUAGAAAAAAGGAAAAUGCAUAAAAUAUUUCAUGGUUUAAAAUGUUAUGUGGAUAUAGCAUUUGAUAGACCCUGAUCCUGUAUUAUAGCGGACGUACUUGACACUUAGUAUCGUUAUAUCACUUUUAACGGUUUCAGCAGCCUUCGUGUAACACACUUGUAGUAUACUACCUAUCUACAGUUCAGGAGUGUAGGAAAAGCCAAGUAAAGUGUGGAAGAGUCCAUAUUAUCAGCUCCAAUUUCAUUGUGGAAAACUGUUGUUUGAGAUACUGUACAAUUAAUAAAAUUUCAUUUGGUAGGAAACCCAAGAGACAAGGUAGCAUGGACAGGGCUGCAGAAAUUGUGAUUCAGGUCGUUAUAACUUUUUGGACUUCUCUGUGGAUCUUUAAAAAGAUGAAAUGCAUCCUAGGUGUGGCAGAGAUCAAAUGUGAUGCAGGAUUUAUGCAUCAGUGUAAAAGGUUGCACUUGAUAUUCAGAAACCGUAAAAUCUUUUGGAGGAGAGAGAUGAGGGGUUAUAUCCUUUAGUAUGUGACUCCUUAUUAAGUGCUGUCCAGCCCACAUGAUUCUAUGAAUAUAUCGUAUACUGCAUACAGUAUGCCAAUACAUUUCUUUGUGUUUAAUUAACAUCUGUAUUCAUUAUUUAUUUGACAGUUUUUAUUUUUUGUACAUUUUCACUUUUGCAGAUGUCAUUUUAUCUAAAGAAAAAUAAUUGGCAUAUAACUUUGGAAUUUACCAUGGUAUGUUCACGUGCAUCCAUUUUUCUCUGUGCAGUUCCCACAAUAAGAGUCGCUUUCCUGCAGUCAAAGUAGUUAUAUGUGUUUAGUUUCUGAAUACAGUUUUUGCUGCAGUGCUUUCUGGAGGGGUAAGGGAGGGCCGAAGAAACUAAGUUACCGUGCAGUGGAUGAACGUCCCCAUUCAGGUGUGCACUUCAUGUCCGCAGUUUGCUCUGCGUCAUAGGUAUGUAUUAAUGAUUCACUCACAGUGUAUGUUGUACUGAAAUGAUCAGCAAAAUGUGAGCUGAAAUGUCUACACUGCAGUCUCUUAUCACUGUAAACGUAUCUAAUUAUUUUAUCACUUUUGAUUUGUGGAACAAAGCUUUAUAGUAGAAACACCAGUAAACAACUUUUUAUACUAUUAAAAUGUUUGUUUUUUUAAAAAAAGUUUCUUGAACUGUAUGGUACUGUUUCACUUACUGAAGUAUCUUACUUUAAGCAAUGGAGUUUGCAGCUUUGCUGUUAGAAAUAAGAGAUUGAAUGUGUAGUUAUAUUUCCUCUUUCCUGUUGUGCAAGCUAGUAAUAUGGAUAAGAUAUUUCUUCAGUUUGUAAUGUUAGCUAGUGCACUGGUUAGUAUCUGAGUAGUUUUCAUGAGACAUGUAUGGAACUUGUUAAAAGACAGCUUAAGGUUUGAAUUGUACAGAUUGAGUAACAGAAUAUGUCACUCAAGAAGACGUUACAGAUGCAGGAAAUGGUCUUUUUUUCAACAUCUGAUAUGAUUGAAAGUUAUGCAUGGACCACAGAAGCAGCUGUCAAGCUUACUGGUCUUUUCAGUUGUAGUGAGAGGAAGGAAAAAACUUACUGAGCAGCACGCUGUUUCAGUUGAGUCCAGAAUUUAUUUUGUAAACACUAAUGUAUUAAAUUUGCUAUAAAUUAAAGUAUAUAACAGCUAUAUUUUUGAGUUGUAAAUACGGUACUGUGUGUCACAACCAGUUGGUUAUCUCUAGAAUGAUAUUUCAGUUUAUAGUCCAACAGGCCAUUUCAGUGUCAAUAAGCCAGGAGCAAUUUUUUUACUGGUUUGCAGCUGUAUGAUGUUUUUAACCCAGGGAGAGGAGGGGGGGCUUAAUACAUUCCGAGAUUGCACAUAUGGUUGAUAACAGCAAAUAUUUCAACGCUUGGUCUUUCCAAGACAAAGAUCUUGGACUGUAGCGUGGCUCAUGGGAGUGACCGUAGUCUCUGGAGUCACAGGUGAAAGUUUACCCUCCUCUGUUCAUUGAAGGGUUGCUAGAUUCAGGAUACUCUGGAUCCAGGGCCAGCCCUGCAAACGAUGCCUGUUCUUAUUCACAUGUUUAUAUUGUUGCUUACAAAAUAAAACUCACCGUGAGAACUC